ACACGCAUAAACAGCGGAAUAUCAUUAUUUAUAUCACUUACAUGAUCAAGAUAUUGUGGAAUCUAUCUAGUUGGUUUCAACAUGAAUUGGAGAACUUAAGUUAACGUUAAAAUAAUAAUAUAUACCUGUAAUUAAAGUCAAAACUGCCUUGAUAGUGGACUUCUGUGGAAAUGCGCUUCACCCCAAGUGAUUGUAUAACAUAGCACACAUCGUCCGUGAUAGCCGAGGAAACAAAAUAUUGGUAACCAAAGAUGAUCGAAUAUGUCAAGUGCGAAGCAAGGCGAGUCCCUUCCCAGACCCUGUGACGGCCCUUACUAUAGCCGCUACACGGAGCAUAAAGUCGUCCUGAACUUCCGGCCCCUUUCAUCUAGCACCGCAACGUCCACUCCGAGGGCUCGCAACGCUGAAAACUACUCUCCCAUCUCCCGCUACAGCUCUACGGACUCCGCCCUACCGCCACAGGACAAACGCCGCCUGUCCGUCACCGGUGAGACAGUGUUUGACUUCGUACUUCCGGCCGAUAAGAACGAGUCAUCCGACGGCCCCUCGUCCCCUUUUCCAAACAGCCCAUCCGACUUUCGGGCCAUAUCACCAAAAUUCAACAUUUACAGUUCACCAUUGUCGACUUUCAGAAGCGGCUCACUGGAGAGUACCCACUCACAAAGCUCAGUGGCUUCCGAGUCGGCAAAAGACAAACGGUCUGCUUUCAGUGAGAAAAACUCGUACAUCAAUAACUCAAAACCGAGGGGGAAAUUGGGAAAAUUUGCCAGUGCCGUUCAAAAACAUUCGAUAACUAUAUUCACCGCAGCGGCCUUCAAAUUAGCACACGAAAACUCUAGGACGCAGAAGUUAACUGUGUCUUGCCCCGAACUCUUGCCAUCAAGAACGUCCGAGGUAACCAAGAAGGUUGGAACUGAGAGUUGUGCUGAACUUGCCUCCCUUGAGCGCACAAACUCUGAGAAAAUUGCGGUGGUUAAACAUAAACUAACUGUUCCGGACAUCUUUACCACGUCUUUCACUCACUCAAAAGACUCUUGUUCAAAGGGACUCAUUUUAAAAUCGUGCUCUAGUCAACAAGACGUUCCUAGUGUAGCUAAAAUACCAGAAAAGGCUCCCAUACGCCGUGCGAUAUCUUUAACCAAGAAUCUCCCCCAAGACUACGAUAAAACAAACCGCCUACUAUCCCCGACAAUGUAUAAGGACGAACAGCUAGCCCAGGUAACCGAAUAUCUGUUCAUCGGGAGCAUAGAGUCUGCGUACAAUGAUCGGCGCCUUUGUCGACUUGAGAUAGAAUCCUUGGUGGACAUCAGUAACCUGAGUGAAAUGCAGGUCCCCGCACAGAAGAAGCUACAGUGCCCGUGCCUCUGUCAAACCGAGUCCAAGCACUUUCGGUCAAAAUUAAUCAUAGCCGUCCCCGAUGAAGAAAAUGACGGUAUCGACCAAUAUUUCGAAGAAGUAAACAAAUUUAUAGAAGGUGCUCGUAGAUGUACUAAGAAAGUGUUAAUCUACAGUCUAGAGGGCAAAUCGAGGGCGGCUUUGUUCGCUAUCCAGUACCUUAUUGAAUACGAGGGUCUUUUGCUUCGUCAGGCUUACAGCAUGGUCAAGAAGCAGCGACCCCAAGUCUCCCUGAAUCCAUCCUUCCAGCGAGCGUUAGAAAAGCUGGAGAAGUCCUUGUACCCGGAUGAACGGCAUUCCGUAAAUAUCUGCAACGAGUAUCUGAAUGUCGCGGACCCGCAGGCUAUCAAGUGCGCUUGGAUUGACUGUUGAUCUUCUCUUUACAAAGUCUAUUCGUGGACAACAUAUAUAUACAUGUGCGUAAACCCCAGGGUGCUUGUUAUGGAUUAAGAUGAGCCUGUAAGUUGGAAAAGCUGAACUAAUUAACAUGUUGAUUAAUAGGGUGAAAUAACUUUAUCUGGUCAAUGGACGUGUUUCGAAGUAUUAUGCUUAUUAAUUAACUGAGUAGAGCUUGUUUCUAAUAGCGACGCCAACGACAUGACUUAUUUUGCCACUUACUAAAUAUUGGUAUCCAUUUUUUAAUCACAACAACUGUUGAAAGCGCUUUCUUUUUAUACUGUUUAUGUGUUAAACUCGCACACAAACGCGCUAAAUUAACUUUGGUCAGAUCUUGAAUAAUAUAACAAGAUGUAGCAAAAACCAUUUCAAGCAAAACUCGAAAAAUCAUAAGGUGUGUAAUUAUGAUACUUCGAGUAUUUCGAAACCAACUUUCUGUAAAUACUUUUCCUACGUCCAUUCAGAAUUUGAUGUUUUUUUCGCUUUGUAAAUAAACAUAGAAAUCGGCUUGAUUAAAUGUGAAGAAAUGAGCUAUAUCUAGCCAUUAAUUACAAUGCCGUUUUGGUUUGAUGGCAGGGGAA